GUUCUCCCUCCUCUUUUAGCAGCGUCGCCCCGUAAGCUGAAAAACUGGCCAGCACAAUGGGAAAAAAACAGAACAAGAAGAAAGUAGAAGAGGUCCUAGAGGAAGAGGAGGAGGAAUAUGUGGUGGAGAAGGUCCUGGAUCGGCGGGUGGUAAAGGGCAAAGUGGAAUAUCUGCUCAAGUGGAAAGGCUUCUCGGAUGAGGAUAACACAUGGGAGCCAGAGGAGAACCUCGACUGCCCAGACCUCAUCGCAGAGUUCCUCCAGUCCCAGAAAACCGCGCACGAGAGCGAGAAGUCCGAGGGCAGCAAGCGCAAAGCGGAGUCUGACACGGAGGAUAAAGGGGAGGAGAGCAAACCAAAGAAGAAGAAGGAGGAGUCGGAGAAACCGCGAGGCUUUGCCCGAGGAUUUGAGCCCGAGCGAAUCAUCGGUGCCACGGAUUCCAGCGGGGAGCUCAUGUUCCUGAUGAAGUGGAAGAACUCGGACGAGGCCGACCUGGUCCCCGCCAAGGAAGCCAACAUCAAGUGCCCCCAGGUGGUCAUCUCCUUCUACGAGGAGAGGUUGACAUGGCAUUCCUACCCCUCAGAGGACGAUGACAAGAAAGAGGACAAGAACUAAACCCACACCCCCCCCCCUCCCUUUCCUCCUUGGCCACCCGCCUUUGUAUAAAAGAUCUGAACUGUGGGUUUUUGAGCAAGAGGGAGAGAAGGCGGCUCUGCUCGGUCGGGAGCGGAGAGAUGGCUGAAGACGAUGCCCUUUGAAGAGACCAGUAUGGUUUCUGUGCCCCGCGGCUGCUCCACUGCUUUCUGCAGCUUCACGCUGUGUACAGAUUCAAACCAGCCCGGCUCAGUCUGGUGGGGAAGUUUUGGGGGGGUGGGGGUGGGGG